GUCUGAUCAUCGAUCCGCAGCUGCAAGGAAUCGUCUGGAUCAAGAACAGGGAGUCGGAGAAUGGCUUGCAGGUGACUCGUAUGGGUCACUCCAAGAUGUUGAACACUUUCGAGGUGUCCUUGGAUCAGGGCAAGCCUGUGCUCAUUGAAAACAUGGGCGAAG